AUGCCUCUAAACCCCCACCGCCGAACAGACUCCCAACCAACAUACAGAACCUCAAUCCUCCCAAACACAACAGGCUCAUCAACACCUUACAACAGUACCCAAACCACCACCACCACCACCAACCCCGGACCCAGCACUAGCAGCAGCAGCGGCCCAAGCUCAAUGUCAACAGCCAAACAACGCCAAUACGCCCACCUCCACUCCCAACUAGCGCAAUUAAACGCCAACCUAGCCGAUACGGAGAACCUGCUCCGCAUGACGGCCGUGCAGGCGGGUGAUAUGCGUUUUUUGGGCGGGUAUGUCGGUGCGUUGUUUAUGGGGUCUGCGAAGGUUAUUGGGGAGGAGGGGGUUAAGGGGCAGGCUGAUCCUGAUCCGCAGGGUCAGGGUCGGGGUCAUGAGGUUGCUGUUAAGGUUGAGGGGGAUGAGGAGUGA